GCGCACGCCUGGUGCAAACCCGCCACAACGAUCAGCAGCCCAUAAACACGCAAUAAAAUCAGGUGUGUCGGGUCACAACCGUUUUGCUAAUGGAAAAUAGUGCUUUGUACCGCAACCGGUGUGUGUCACCUAAUUGUGUGUGCUGUGCGUUAUGUGUAUGUGACCUCAUAAAUUAAAUUAAAAGCGAAUUCGUUUCACCUUUUAAGGGAAGAAGCUCUCGUCUGCGUCCCAGUGGAUGUUGGUGCGCGAGCGCUUCGCUCGAUCGAACCGGCCAAUUGUUGCACGUUGAUUGACGGUACAAUCCGACAUUAGAAAUCAACAAUCCAGAACGUUGGGUGGAGGGUGAUGGGCCGCCACGCCCCAACAACAUGUCGACAACGGUGCCUGCUAGAACUAGAAGAGCUCCAGGGAGAAACGCGGGGGAAAUAUAUUGUUGCAUUGUAAGGGUUUUGGAGAACGGACUAGUUUCGUUCGAAAGAUUGGAGGAAACGGAUUACUUCCAAGUAGUCUUAGAUUACUGUGACUGUGCGACUGCGACGUUGGUGUAAGCUGAUAAGAGGUUGUUUUUACGGGUCGCACUCCACCAACAACACUCCAAGAAACACCCGCUGUCCACACUAUCAGGCCAUAAGUCAUAAGUAAUGCACUUGAUCGGUCUUGAUAACUCGACCGAUAGAGCGUACAAAGAUAGAUCGUUAAAACGUAAUAUCCAGCCAGAAUGCAUCCAAUGAUAAGCACAUCAUCCGCCACCCUGACCCUGACGACGGCCGCCAUCUUUAUGCUAACGCUUAGCUAUGCAAACGGGUUCGCAACGCUGCCGACAGAGUUGGAUCGGACGCAGCAACGGUGCCAGCUCGAGCGCACCUACAAAAUGGUCGGCUACAACUGUGCCAACCUAAACCUGAAGGAAAUUCCCCAGACGCUCAAGUCUAGUCUCGAGAUAUUCGAUCUCAGCUUCAAUCGUAUCCGAGAUUUAAAUCCGCAAUCCUUCGCCCGGUACGGUUCGGUCAAGUAUCUGUAUCUGUUCGAGAACAUGAUCCACAACGUGGAGCCGGAAACGUUCAGCUCGCUCACGAACCUGGAGGCGAUCGAUCUUUCGAAUAACGCACUGAUCAGCAUACCGCUAGAGCUGUUCCGGCUACCCUCCCUGCGCAACCUUUACGUCAGCCACAAUACACUCAGCAGGCUGGACGAAGAUCUUCCUGCCCUAGAGAAGCCAAUCAAAGCCCCACUGCAAGUGCUCGGGCUGGCCGACUGUCGGUUACAGCGCUUGCCCGACCUUGGCGUCCUGCCCGACCUCUGGCAGCUCAACAUCUCGUCCAAUCCGAUGAAAGAGCUCACCCUCGGGCAGUUCUCGCCAAUGUGCAACCUAAAAACGGUCGAGCUGAACAACACCCAGAUCCCGAUCUGUCCCUGCCAGGUGCUGACGGCCGAGUUGGUCCUUCGGCGAACUAAAAUUAUGUUUCCUCCCUUGUACUGCAUCCCGCUAACAUCGUCAGAGCAAAACCUGUGCAAUGCCGAAGCGAAACGCGACAUCGAGCCGGACCAGGUGGCCGACUACCACCAGUGCAUGGAGAUACGCAACUCCCGCCAGCUCGACACGGAAGCCAAAUCGGCCUGGAUGAAGAUCUCGGCCGCGGUGGCCGGCUGCAUCGUCCUGUUCGCGACCAUCCUCUUCUGUCUGCAUCGGCGGAACGCGCGCCGGCUGAAAGCGAAGCGAAAGCCAAAGAAGGUGCCGUUGAAAAACAUUAACCGCGUCAUCCUGGUACCGGGACCGGCCGGUGAGGGGCCUGAGUCGGAGGUGCCACCCGCGACGACGACAGGGCCGACCAUCACUGCCAAGUGUGAUAAACUGUUGAGCGAUUGUGAUUAGUGAAGGUACGCACCGAGUUG